AUGUGCAUCGAAGAAACACAAACGGACCCGCCGGCGCCGAAUACGAGUGAAGAGAGUGAUGUGCCAGAGAGUGAAGGCAGACUCUCAAUCGAAAGUUCCCCUAUGCGGCGUCGCAGGGGUGGAAUUCUCAAAGGAGGAAGACUUUGGAAAUCACUUGACAACGAUAAGGAGUAUAAUGAUCAGAAUGAAGAUCAGAGAUCAACGACCACUGCUAGUGACGAGGACGGAUCCGUUACUCCAAGGACUGUGCGCUUCGUAGAGCGACCCAAGGAGUCCAGUGAAGAUGAGAUGAUCUCAAUGAACGAGGCUAAUCCCGUGCAGACGUCAGAAGACGAAACCACUCCGCCGAAAGAGAACUCUACCGCCCACAGAUUUGAAACGCCAUUGAUUCUCACAAUUCAAACGCCGAAAGCAAACUCUGCUGUUCAGCAGUUAUUUAAUAGCAACCGACCACCGCCGCCAGCCAUAGAGCCACAACUAAUUACCUCUGAAACACUCAGAGCUUGGGACGCUGGUGUAAGACCAAAGGCAGAGGACGCUGCUGUGCGCCGGGUCGCAGAGAGAAACGCUCUCAGGUGCUCACUGUUGCGUAGCGAGGCUAGGAAGAAGCAACAGGCAAAGCAAGAAACAACCUCACUGGCCGAGCGUAUACGCCUCCUCACUUGCGACGUCGACGACGAGCCCGAAGAUCGUGCGUCGCCAGCCAGUGUCAGUGUGGACAAGUUUUCGAGCAGCAGUGACAAAUCCAGCGAGAAAUCGUUCAACAGCAUGGAUAAGAAUUGCGAGAAAGCCUUUGGGAGCGCUUCGUCGAGUUCGUCUUCCUCAACCUUGUCCGCACCUGUGCCUGUGCGUCAGCAGCCGCCAGACUUGGGCGACGUUCAUCAACCAAAGCCUAGACCGGAGCCACGUAAGCAGUUCCUAUCAACCCUGGCGCCACUGACUGCCUGCGUUGGCAGCGCUGCCCACCACGAGGGAUUCUACUACGUGCCGCCAAGCGCCAGAAAUUCCGCCUCAGCAGCUACCAAUAUUGACUUUCAAGAUCAUAACGAAGCCCCAGCACCCGAUGUUGUUGCAGGAACACCCGGAGCAAAUGACAGUGACGAUGGCCUCGCCGACUUUGCUAGAGCAUCAGCUCCAAGAACCGAGCGCAUUAAGCAACGAUACAGCCAAGAGUCGCAACCGGUUAGCAGCGAUGAUGAACACGACGAUUAUGGCUUCAAUCGACGGCCGGCAGUCCGAGGUAUCGCGGUUAAGCAACAACUCGCGACUUCGGAUGACAUCUUGCAACAGAUGCAGAACGAAUUGCAACCGUCCCCGAGUUCAAAUGCGUCUCACACACCCGUGCACGCUGGCCAACGUACUAACUCAAACUACUCUUGGCCGUAUUACUCUGAAGCCAAUCUCAAUUCCCGCCCGCAAAGUCGGACAAGCACCAAUUCCAGCUGGAUGAAGCCCACAGAGUACGUACAGUCUCGGCAAUGUACCAACAACGUUGUGCCACAGCAACAUUCAGAAGUCUGUCAGACCCAUUCACAAAACACAUACGGUCAAUAUCAACAAAGGCAGCAUGAGAACUUAUACAGAAACUGUUCACUUUAUGCUAACAUCGGGUGCUCUGACAGCAGCCAGGAGUUAUACAGCUCACAAACGAGCUCGGAGCAAACGUCGCCAGUACGCGCCGCCACGCGAUGUCGUCGCCCAGAGUCCCCACCACCGAUUCGAAGCCACCAUCAAUUGCUUUACGUGCCCUACAACAGCCACUACCACUAUCAACACGAUUAUCCGGCGCAUUGGGCUCCGAAUGAUUACAACCGGCAAGUUCACCCAUACUAUCAGCAGCAGUCCCGUAGCGGUACUGUUACACCACAGCCUAACACCACCCAACCGCAGCGGGCGCACUAUAGUCAUGCUCUUCAGUUACAAAACAUAUGCCCGGUUCCUGCAAGGUACAGGCCCGUGCCUGCACAACAACCCGGUGGCGGGAAACAAAUGAUUUGUUACUCAGAAAAGGUUGCAGCACCACUCUACCAACCCGCCCCUGGAUCCCCAUCUAGAUUGGCACGCGGGGCUCUAGAAGGAGGACCAUCAGGGAUACAGCCUCAAGCAGCUACAUCACCAGUAGCGCCAACAAAUCCAAUUUACUAUGCUAUGAACGUG